UCACAUUCCGCGCCAUUUUGUUCACAGAUCUGUGGUGUCGGCGCUCGGCCGUGGCAUUGUAGUUGUAGGGGCCAGUUGCAUAGGAAGUAUUACAGAUAUUUCAGCAUUUUUCCAUUGAAUUGUUAAUCGAAUUUACGUCUAAGGACGGGAACGACGGCACUUCGACAUUGAUAUUGUUCGGAGCAAAAUAUCGUUGAAUUAGAAAUCAUGUCGAGUGGCAGUGCUGAGCAUGAGGAGGAGGGAUACGUUGUUAAAGUGCGUGGACUGCCGUGGUCCACCACCGUGGAUGAGAUUAUGAAGUUUUUCGGUGACUGUUCGAUCUCGAAUGGCAAGAAUGGAGUCCACAUGACUACAUCUCGUGAAGGACGCCCCAGUGGCGAAGCCUAUGUGGAGAUGGAUACUCCAGAGGAUAUUGAAAAGGCUUGCAAAAGAGACAGGGAUCACAUGGGCCAUCGCUAUAUUGAAGUUUUUAAAGCAAAACGCGGCGAGAUGGAAUGGGUCGUAAAGAGGAGCGGUCUUAAUUUGGAGAACGCGAUGGACGACGGUUGCGUGAGAUUGCGCGGCCUGCCGUUUGGUUGUUCGAAAGAGGAAAUUGCACAAUUUUUCUCAGGGUUGGAGAUAUUGCCGAAUGGGAUAUCACUACCGACAGACUACACGGGCCGCAGUACUGGGGAGGCUUACGUUCAAUUUGUUAACAAAGAUGUUGCGGAGCGCGCUCUGCAGAAACACAAGGAAAAGAUAGGACACAGAUAUAUCGAGAUCUUCCGAAGCAGUUUGUCCGAGGUACGCGCUAGUAUCGGACCAAAAAUGCGCGGCGGUCCCAUGGGCGGCUUUAAUCAGAGGCCCGCGCCAUACACUCGCGGCGAUCGUUUCGGUGGGAUGAAUCGCUUUAGCAACAACGGCAGAGGAUCCAGAAAUAGAGGUGAUUCCUUUCAUCUAUCGAAGUACGAAGACAAUCGUGCAGGAAAAUACCGUAAUAGAGACUUAUUAUACAAUUCACGUACUAAUUUAUUACACUUUGAUAACGGCCCAUGGGGAAGCGGGAACAACUACGGAUCUCGAGGCGGUAAUAUGGGAAUGCGCGGCAGCAUGGACAUGAAGGGUGGUAAUUACAGAGGCAACAAUGACAACUGGGGAGGUAACUCUGGCGUGUACAGUAUCCAUAUGCGAGGACUACCGUUCAAGGCGACGGAACAAGACAUAGCAGAUUUCUUUAGACCAAUCGAACCAGUGAAUGUCCGCAUUAUCCUUGAGAAUGGCGGUCGACCAUCAGGAGAAGCUGAUGUGGAAUUUGCGACUCAUGAAGAAGCCCUAAAAGCAAUGUGUAAGGAUAAAAGCCACAUGUCACAUAGAUAUAUUGAAUUGUUCAUGAAUUCAUCCGGCGGAUCGAGUAGCAUGUCACUAAGCGGCAUCGGCAAUUUCUGUGGAGGCUUAGGUAACAACUUCAGACCGGGAUAUUCACCAAACAACAGAGGUUUCAACUCGCAGUUGGGUGGUAGCAAUUAUAAUAGUUUUUGAGACCGGGCAAUGCGUUUCUAACGCUAAACGACGAUUAUAAACGUUCAAAGUGAUCGGUGAUGAAAAGACGCACUUCUAAAUCACAUUGAUGCAAUAUAAAUAAUCGUUGUUUUCCUUUUCUUUUCUUUGCGUAGCCUUUAAUAUGUAAUUCAUUAUAUAUUGAAUAUUAAUAAUCGUAAGCGGUAGUGUAUAAGUAUUUGCUUAUUCUUUUCUUUUAUAACAUACGGAAUAUGUAAUUUACAUAGAAUAUAUAAUUUAAUUGCUACGAGUGAACUUAGGUAACAAUUUAUCUUUGAUAACGCAAGUCAUUUUUCUUUAAACUGAGCGCAAUGUCAACAGACAAUCGUACGUCGUCAAGAUGAGAUUUAAAAUAAAAUUUCUUGAAGUAAUACAUUGGGGAGAUGUUACUUUUAUUUAGGUACUGUUUGAUUAAACGCGACAAAGCGUAUUUUUUGUUUUCUCGACGACGUAUAUGAUAUCUUCUGAAUAUCAAAUAAAUUAGAAUUAUAAUUUUAUAUGAUAUAUAAGCACAGUUACAUGUCAUAAUGGCUUUGAUGUGAGCUUGGACAUGAUAGUCGUCGAUAUGAAUCGAGACAUAGCGACGAGCUGUAAAGCGCAAAAUAUACGAUUGUAAUAUACACGGACUGUCUAGUAGUUCGCGAUAGAUUGCACCUCAGUAAGUUCAUUGCAUUGUCUUAUGUAUUGUAACGUACAAGAUCCUAAGUCAAAGAGCCGCUCAUCUUCAUCUUUCAUCGUAACACGAUAAUGUAUGAUAGUAUAUGACUUAUUGUAUAACCUUAGAAUAAAAAUCAUUAUUUUCAUUGGUAUAGAUAUUACAAAUCGUAUAUAAAAAGGCGUCGACUGGCAAGUGUCAAUGUUGUGUAUAUCUUAAUGUGUAAGUUUAGUUUCGGUUUAUAUUUAAAAGAUUGAAUAAAAAAAGAGGUGGAACACAACGAGCAGGAAAUACGUAUAAUCAUAUGCAUAAUUCCUUAAAUUGAAACGAUACAAACGUGAAUAAGUUAGACUCGUUUAAAUCAGACGUUUAGCUUUGAAGCAGAAUGAUCGUUGACCGAGUAAAUCUAACUUGUUUAUAUUUGUAUUGUUACGCAGUCUUGAACUAUGUAAUAAUUUUCAGAAUAAAACUCUCGUCCAAGUUUCUGUAGAUUAA